UAUGGCAGCUUCAUCAAUUCUUUCUCCACCUGUUAAUACUCAGUUGGACCAGAAAAUUACUUUCCAAAGUAAAUCAUAUCUACAUAGUGAAAUUACGAGCAGCCAAACUGAGGCGGGCACUGCUAAAGAAAUUGACCAUCCUAAAAUUAUUCCGGACUUUGGGACCAACGAUGUCAUAAGCUUAUUUGUAUCAGGAAAAGAGAGUAAAGAUAGCCCAGUGGGAAAGACCCUCGCUGAACUAGAAAAGUUUUUGAAGAUGUCUCUGAAGGACGUAGUUAGCUCUGAAACUGACACUCUUCGUCUUUGGUCUACUCUUAAUUUGCUGUCCAACCUUCCUUUCAAAGAUGUGACUCUAUCAGAUGGACUCAAACGUAUUAUAGACACUAUGCUCCAACAUUUCCCAACCAUUCUACGCUCCUUUAAGCAAGGCUUUGCUGCCACCGACAAGCUGGGAAAGCUUGAAGCUUGUCAGAAUGAGGUGGCCACUACUCUUGUUUCCAAAAUUUCUGAGGCAGAGAAUUUCUACAAUGAAGCUCAACUGAAGGAAGUUGUUUUGAAGGAACAAAUAAAAGUUUUUGAGGCUGCCUUAUCAUCUUUGGAGAAGGAAAAGAAUAAAUGCAUUGCUGAAACUAUAGGGUACAAAAAUGAGCUUGAAAAUGUGAUGAAGGACAGAUCUCAAAUGUUGGAAGAUAAAAGAAAAGUUGAGCAAGAAUUGUUUGACGUGGCUUACAAAUGGUCAGAUUUGUGUAGUGAAUAUGAGCUCAAUCGCAUGGCUGCUACAAAUAUCCCGUGAGGGUUUUCGUUGUUCAUUGUUAUUGUUAAGGUUGCUCUCAUCAACUAGUUUCAAUUUACUUCCUAUAUUUCAUUUGUUUCAUUUUGUUGUAUGUCUGUUAUCUUGUUUGUUGUUGUGUAAGAGGUUGCUCUUGGCUACAACGACAAAACAAGUGUUACCAAAAAUCAAAAAGGCUAUUCGUUC